UAUAAUUAAUUUCUUAUAUGUAUAUUAUUAAUUUCUUUUAUAUAUUAUAGAGAAAAGGAAAAAGAUUAAGAAGGAGAAAAAGAGAUCAUUUGGACCAUUUGGAAAAUUCAAAUCUAUUACGUAUAACAAACAAAUAAGAGAAAUGAAUUUCGAUGACCUCGUGGAAGAAAUGGAUUACGAAGUUGAAUGCUCACAACCAUUGAGCCCCCAUAGAGAUAAAGUGUUUGAAAAAAUAUCUUACAACCUCGUUUGCGCUCCCCGAGUAGAACCAUCACAAAUUGUGGUACCGUCACCAUCUUCUGGCGGCCAUUCAGAUAUAAUGUAUUAUUAUAUAAAUGUAUGUAUUAGUAUUUGCUUUAUAAAAAUACAUUUAUGUCUUUCAGAUAUAAUCCAAAGGCUGGGUGCCAUUGAGACCCGACUCACUGCCAUUAAAAAGUCCCUAACAGACAAAAUGCCAGAAAAGGCCGAGGUGCAGGCACAAAGCAAAUUAUUGCGCGAAAGCCGCGUCAUAGCGGCAAAGAUGCAUCAUUCGAUUAUCCGCAUCACCCGUGAUUUGGAGGCCGAACAUUACGUGGAGCUCGCUUCGAAACUGCCCAUGUCAUCGGAAGAGCACGUAUUAGUUUUAAGUUGUACGUAUUAGUUUUAAGUUGUAGAUAUUAGUUUUACGUUGUAAAUAUUAGUUUUAAGUUGUAUAAAUUAGCUCUAA